GAUUUCUUCGAAUCUGUUGUCCUCUCCAUUCCUAAAUAAAUACAUGAGGCUACCUAGUAUCCAAUCAUUACAUAUAAUCAAAAUUAAAAUUGAUCGAAACUGGGUAGAGCAAAAUGUGCUGCGGGUUCCAGGAAGACGAACGGGAUCGAUUGAAGAUCAGAGCCUUCUCGGCUCAAUUACCGGCGACGGCGACGUCGAUGUCGCCGUCAAUGGCGGAUCUCCCCGAUUCACUGACGCUCUAUUACCUCCCUCGGAUCAACGGGAGUCUAAUUGAGAUAAAUGGGUCGAGUAUCCGACCCGAUUCCCCCGCAUUCGUGACGCUGCACCGCCUCUGCUCGGAGGACGGCGGCGGAGCCGCCGUGUACGGUAGCCGGGAAAGAGUGGCGGUCUGUGAAGGGGUGAGUUUCGAGAUCUACGCGUGGGACGCCAAAGUGCUGAGGGGGAUUUUCCGGCGGGAUGGGGUCGGGGAGAGGUGGAAGUUGGAGUGCAAGGUGGACGACGCCGUCGAGGUGUCGGUGGCGGCUGAGGGGGAGGCGGCGGUGGUGACGGAGAAGGUGGGGAUGGUGCGGCGGCGGUGGCGGCCGACGAGGAGGAAGCCGUGCUGCGAAUUGGAGGAGAUUCCAGAGCAGAGAGGGGAGGGUUCGGAUGCUUGCCGGUGCCACGAGUGCGGCGGCGAUCAGGGCGGUUCCGACGCCGGAGAUUGCGAGAUUACGGCGGCGGCGGCGGCGGAGAGCGUGGGGUGGGCCGUGGAUGUGGGGAUUUGGGUCGUGUGCCUUGGUGUAGGCUAUUGGGCCUCCAAGAAAUUUAGGACAAGGAAAUUAUUUGCGUUGUAAACUUGUACAUACAAUAAAAUGAAAUUUAGUAUUGUAAAAAAAGUUAAUUUAAUUUAAUCGACGAAUCAAUAGAAAAAAAAGCUUAGAAUAAUUUCCAUUUCCACAAUAGCCAGUGUCACGUGCCGUAAGGCGUGGCAUCAUCUCAGGCACACAAUCCGUGUGGUAGUAAGUAGUGCGAGUAUUUAUCGUAAUUUUUAUUAGUCU